UAGGACAGCCAGUGGCUGCUUUCCUGAGGAGCCUGUCGGACUGUGGCGGACAGAGAGAAGGAAGCUCAAGUGUCAGUCUACGUGAUUCACUCUGAGCCUCAACAACAAGUCGAAAAUGUUGUCCUGCGUCCGUGGCCGCUGUGCACUUUCACCACGACUCUCCCGCUGUCGCCUCAGUUCGGCCAAAUUCCACUUGGCAGUCGGUGCAUCAUGUCAGAAAUCAUCCUUCAAAUACUCUGCCACAGAAAUCCCAGCGAUGCCUCCAUGCAACUUCAAACCAGAGGAAUACAAGGGAAUGUCCAAAGAGCGGAUGAUGGAGAUUCGCAGACGAAACUGUAACCCUAUGACCAUGAAGGUGACUUCCUAUAAGAAACCGCUGUUUGUCCACCAAGGCCACAUGCAGUGGAUGUGGGACGUGGAUGGGAAGAGAUAUCUGGAUUUGUUUGCCGGUGUGGCAACUGUCAGUGUGGGCCACUGCCACCCGAAAGUAACAGCAGCUGCAGAGCAGCAGCUGAACAGACUGUGGCAUGCAACCAACCUCUACGUCUAUCCUUCUCUCCACGAGUACUGUGAGAAACUAGCUUCCUACCUCCCAGAUCCUCUAAAGGUGAUAUAUCUGACCAACAGUGGCUCAGAAGCCAAUGACCUGGCUAUGCUCAUGGCUCGACUUUACACGGGCAACUAUGACGUCAUCACUUUCAGAGGCUCAUACCACGGAGGCAGCCCACAGGCAAUGGGUCUCACUUCCAACGCUGCAUAUAGAUAUCCUGGUGCCACUGCUUCAGGCUGCACAAAUACCAUGUGUCCUGAUGUGUUCAGAGGUCUUUGGGGAGGAAGCCACUGCAGGGACUCUCCUGUUCAGACCAUCAGAGACUGUAGCUGUGCCCAAGGUCACUGCAUGGCAAAUGAACAAUACAUUGGUCAACUCAAAGAGACGUUUGCUACUAGUGUCUCAAGUCGAAUUGCUGCGUUCUUUGCGGAACCCAUUCAGGGAGUCGGGGGAGCAGUGCAGUACCCGAAAAACUACCUCAGGGAGGCUUAUAAACUCGUGAGAGAGAGGGGAGGGGUCUGCAUUGCUGACGAGGUGCAGACGGGAUUUGGGCGAACAGGAAGCCACUUCUGGGGUUUCCAAGGACACGAUGUCAUUCCUGAUAUGGUUACAAUGGCCAAAGGCAUUGGCAAUGGCUUCCCGAUGGGAGCUGUUGUUACAACACCAGAAAUUGCAGCGUCAUUUGGCAAGGGACUUCACUUCAACACGUUUGGUGGGAACCCGGUAGCUUGUGCCGUUGCUUCAUCAGUGCUCGAUACUAUCAAAGAGGAAGGCAUGCAGCAGAACAGUCUUGUUGUGGGCACCCAUCUGAUGACAGAGUUGGCAAAACUCAGAGAGACGUACGAGAUUAUCGGCGAUGUCCGUGGGAAAGGGCUGCAGAUCGGCGUUGAAAUGGUGAAAGACAAGGCCAGCAGGGACCCGCUCUCUCCUGAGGCAAUGAAUGAGAUCUUUGAGGACAUUAAGGACAUGGGAGUCGUGAUAGGGAAAGGAGGGCUCUAUGGACAGACGUUCCGCAUUAAACCCCCAAUGUGCAUCACAAUGGAAGAUGCAGAUUUCUUCCUGGCGGUAUUUAACAAGUGCAUCCACAGCUACAUGGAAAGAAGAUGAGAGUCAUUAUUACUCUCCGUGGACGACCACCAACGCCAUUACCUUUGCAGCCAUACUUGGAUGUAACAAUGUUUGUGAUAUAAGAUGUGAAUAUGACUUUGACCUCUACGUGCCCUCUAUGUGUGUGGUAUUUAAACUGGGCCAACUUGUCUUUGUUUUAAUUCCCAUAAGUGAUAAAGCUGUGAUGGUAAAUACCAGGAUUCAUAUUUUGUACAAGAUGUGAACCUGAUUUUGUAGAAAUAAUGUUUUCAUUUCUAUUAUUAGAUCCAUUAGUUCUUUUCUUAAAUCCCUCAACUGUUGGAUCAAUCACAUUUUGUGCAAACACUCACAGCUCCAAUAAGACUCUAAUAAGACCAAAUAAAUUGUAGUCACUACAACAUUUAAA